AUGGCGCCAGAACCUGACCCGGCAAAAAGGACACAAGCAUCCAACUACCACACAAGCUCAGACCAGUGGUAGAAAAGAGCAGCAAAAAUUGAAUUGAAUGAAGCCCAGGAGCAAGAAAUUAAGGAGGCCUUUGAUUUAUUUGAUGUGGAUGUGUCUGGAACCAUAGAUGUAAAAGAACUGAAGGUUCUUAUGCAGGCCUUAGGAUUUGAACCAAGGAAGGAAAUCAAACAAAUGAUAGCUGAGAUCAGCAAGGAAGGAAUCAGCAGCAUUAGUUUUGAAGAUUUUCUUGCCCUAAUGAGUGUAAAAAUGACUGAUAAAGAUGAAAAAGAAGAAAUAUUGAAGGAUUUCAACUUUGAUGAUGACAAUACUGGCAACAUAACACUAAACAAUAUAAAAAGGGUUGCUAAGGAACUAGAGGAAAAUUUAAUAGAUGAUGAACUUCAGGAAAUGUUUGAUGAAGCUGAUGGUGAUGGAGAUGGAGAAAUAAAUAAGGAAGAAUUUUUGAGAAUGAUGAAAAAGACCACUCUUAAUUAAUAGUUUUUUUGUUCCUUUUGGAAAGUUAACAGAUUUGUUCAGUUCAGUAAUAUGUAAAUGUAUUCAUUUAAAAUUUUUAGUUUAUGUGCACAAAUUGGUCUCUGGAUGUCUACUCCACAUGAGAAGUUACAUGUUCCUACCAAUGUUAUUAAAUCUACAGCAUCAAGAAAGAAACUAAUGUUUUCCUUGAACCAUGAAUCCAAGAACAGUAUUAAUUCCAACUGCUGUUUAUAGAGUCUGAUGGUCCAAAGACUUUUUAUAAAUUUCAUGAAAUUGACCUCACAUCCAAAUGAUUUGGCAAACAAGCCAUUAUUCUCCCUAUUAUUUUCCUUUUGUGCAACACUUAAAAAAAUAAUAAACAUUUGCUUUUUAAUCAGA